AAAAAUAUAGGCAAUGAUAGUACAACUAAUACUGAUAUGUCCCAAAAUUUGACAGUAGCCAGUGGAUGAGCAGAUCAGAUUUUAAACAAGGGGUGACUCUGGUUUUGAUAUAAAUAUGUGUGCGUGAUCCGUGAAUGGGGACAUGCCUAAGACAUCUUUUUACAACAUAUCUAAUGAGUUGGUGUUGUGGGGUUGGGAAAGAAGAAAAAAUAUUGUAGAGAAUAGAUAAUUUCAAACAAGUCAGCUCUGAAAUUUGAAUCGAUAAUUAUGAGUUAGUAGACAAUACCAUGUGAUUUCUCAAGGGCUAUGCCUCUAACCAGAUGACCCCAUCCAACUAACUGCCUCUUUAGUCUUCACCAUUCAUUUCCAUCUAAUAGACAUGUCUGUCCUACGAUACCUAUCAAGAGUAUUGAUUAUAUAUACUCAUACCAUGGGUUCCUUAGCACCUCAAGUCUUCACUUUCUCAAUUAUCAAAGCUUUUCUCUGAAGUCCUCUGUCAUCUCUUUGUUUGUCCACUUUUUCUUUCUUUACAAAAUUUUACUAUAAUGGGUUUUCGCUUUGCUAGCUUAGUUCAUGCCAAGCAACUCAUUCAGAAACCUUUUUCAAGUGCAAAAGAUACUCCAAAGGGCUUUGUGGCAGUUUAUGUUGGUGAUGAGAGCAGAAAGAAGAGAUUUGUGAUCCCUGUGACAUACUUGAACCAGCCAUCAUUCCAAGACUUUCUAAGUCAAGCUGAAGAAGAAUUUGGAUUCGAUCAUCCAAUGGGAGCUCUGACAAUUCCCUGCAAAGAAGAUACCUUCAUCGAUCUUAUUUCACGCUUAAGCGCCUAAUCAUACGAGUAUAGACACCCAUAGAUGAUAGUCACUAACAAAACUUAUUGUUACAAUUUGUUUAGGCAGCCAAUGCAUGCCAAUACCUUGUAAAUACUUUUUCCUUGGGGACUAAGAGAAAGUUGUCCCUAAGAAUGAUACAAAUGAAUUUUCUUCAAUGAAUAUAUGUGACAUAUAAUACUUAUUCA